AUGAAACACCCAGAGAUAGCGGAGCCAGCCCAAAGUGGCUUCGCGCCAGCUGCAGCCUAUGAUGCUCAUCGUCCGACCUAUCCAGAAGAAGCGGUCCAACGUCUCCUCGAAGCCUGUGAAGUCGCGGGCGUCAAGGGCGCAAAGAUUGCGGACCUGGCGGCCGGUACUGGCAAAUUCACCGAGAUUUUGGCGAGAAGAUCAGAAGAAUAUGACAUCGUCGCUAUAGAGCCUCACGACGGCAUGCGGGCGCAACUGGAGCAGAAGCACCUUGCCCAUGUACGGGUUCUUAAAGGCACCGCCGACAACAUGCCAGCCAUCGCUGAUGAGUCUCUUGCGUGUCUCAUAGCAUCGCAGUCGUUCCAUUGGUUUGCCAACAGUGAGGCGUUGAAAGAGAUUGCUCGCACACUCCGACCAGCAGGUGUAUUUGGCAUGAUUUGGAAUAUCGAUGACUACAAUUCACCAAAAUCGUGGACGAUUCAUCGGGGUUGGGAGCAAGCCAUGCGCGACGUGAUUUGGACGUUCGAGGACGGGUCGCCACGCUUUCGACACGAGAAAUGGCGACAAGUGUUCGAGGACCAGACGGCGAGUAACCCUUUGAGCGCAACUUUCACCAACCCACUGUUUGGGCUGCCCUUGGGAGAAGGGAGUGUUGAGUUCACAUCGUGGCUGUCGAAGGAAGAUAUCUGGGCCAGGUUGAGGACGUUGAGUCAACUCGCGAUAUUAGAGGGUGAAGAACUGGACAAGGUGAGAAAAGCAUUCGACGACAGUCUGAGGUCAGAGGGAACCGUGAUUGAUGGAGACGGUUUGAUCGCUGUGCAUGGGAGGACUGUGUUCUUCUGGACGAGCAAAAUCCCUCCUGAGCCGCUCAAGAGCAGUGGCUAG